GGUCGAGCUUUUAACAAGGAGUAGCUGGAUUGCACGUGACGUCACAGGUUGUUUUCCUGGUCCGGCCUUCCGCCAAGCACGCUCAAACAUUUCCCAGCCGCGACAAGCUCCCGCUCGUCCGACGACGCACCCCUUUUUCCGGCGGCGUAAGGUGAACGAACCGGGACGCUCGAGAAGGACGCGCGCUCGCUCAGUAGCUCGUUAGCCGGCGGUAGUGAGCGGGCGAAAGUCUCCCGAAGCUUCAGUCUCCGAGCCUUUCUCCCUCUUUGCCUCCCGUCCUCACUCGGCCAUGGCAGCGGGGCCGGGGCGGCGUGACCGUCUCCCCGCCGCCGUCGUCGUCGUCGAGUCGGUGGCGAGGGCGGCGGUGGUGCUGGUCGUGUUGGCGCGGGGCGGAGGCGCGUUCAACCUGGACGCCGAGCGGCCGUCGGUGUACGACGGCCCGCCGGGGAGCUAUUUCGGCUUCUCGGUGGACUUCUUCAAAGCCCCCAACAACCAACAGUCGGACGUCCUGAUCGGAGCGCCGCGGGCCAACACGUCGGGCGAGGUGCUGGAGCGAGGGGCCGUCUACAGCUGCCCCUGGGCGGGCGGCGCCGCCGCCUGCCGCCAGGUCCUCUUCGACUCCUCAGGUGACAGAAAGAAUGCCGACGGCGCGCAGAUGGAGUUCAAAUCCAAGCAGUGGUUCGGCGCUUCGGUGCGCUCGGACGGCGAGCACAUCUUGGCGUGCGCGCCGCUCUACCAGUGGUCCACCUUCGGGGUGUCGGAGCGCGAGCCGGUGGGGACGUGUUUCCUGAAGAAAGACCAGACGGUGGUGGAGUACUCUCCGUGCCGAUCCAGUGCCAACUCUCCGGAGGGGCAGGGCUUCUGCCAGGCCGGCUUCAGCGCCGACUUCCUCAAGAUGGACAAGCGAGUGGUGGUGGGAGGACCCGGAAGCUUCUACUGGCAAGGUCAGCUGAUCUCGGACGACGUGUCUGAGAUCUUGGCCCGCUUCGACAACAGCUACAUCAGCCCCUACGGAAACACGCUGGCCACCAAGUCGGCCGGCGCCCAGUACGACGACAGCUACCUGGGAUAUUCGGUGACGGUGGCGGACUUCAACGAUGACGCAAAAGAAGAUUACGUGACGGGUGUGCCGCGGGGCGACAAGGCGCUGGGUUACGUCAACAUCUUGAACGGCCGCAACAUGGAGUCCAUGGUCAACUUCACGGGAAGUCAGAUGGCCGCCUACUUCGGACACUCGGUGGCCGCCAGCGACGUCAACCGGGACGGAUUGAUGGACCUGCUGGUGGGCGCGCCUCUCUUCAUGGACCGAGGCUCCGACGGCAAGCUGAGGGAGGUGGGACAGGUGUGCGUCUACUUGGGCCGAGGAGGAUUUUCCUUCCAGCCUCCGCGGAUGCUCGUCGGCUCCGAAGUCUACGCCCGAUACGGCUCGUCCGUCGCCGCGCUGGGAGAUCUCAAUAUGGACGGAUACAACGACGUGGCCAUCUCGGCCCCCUACGGCGGUCCGGGUCACCUGGGCCAGGUGUACAUCCACAACGGCGGACCUCAAGGCCCGUCGCAGGCGCCCUCGCAGGUCCUGCGUGGCGAGUGGGCGUCCAGCUCCAUGCCCGCCAGCUUUGGCUACUCCAUGACGGGAAACACGGACAUCGACCGCAACGGCUAUCCCGAUUUGCUGGUCGGGGUCUUUGGAGCUGACAGGGCUGUUUUGUACAGAGCGCGGCCGGUGAUCAGCGUCAACGCCACGCUGGACAUCAGCCCUCAGAUCAUCAACCCUGAGGAGAAGAGCUGCGUGCUGCCCGCCUCCGGCGUCGCCGUGUCUUGCUUCAAGGUCAAGUACUGCCUGAAGGCCAGUGGGCCGGGGGCGCCGGCCUCCCUCACCUUCGGCGUGGACGUGCUGCUGGACCGGCUGAAGCAGAAGGACUCGGCCAAGCGAGUCCUCUUCUUGCACGGGCGGAGCGUCGGCUACGCCAAGAACGUCACGCUGAGCAACGGCGGAGGGCCCGCCUGCGAGGAGCAGCACGUCUUCCUCAGGGACGACCGCGACUUCCGCGACAAAAUCACGCCCAUCUCGGUGGUCCUGGAGUACACCUUGGACUACGGGCGCGCCCAAGACCGCAGCGGCCUGCGGCCGGUCCUCGACGUGGCCGCGCCGCCCAACGUCACCCGGCAGGCUCACAUCCUGCUGGACUGCGGCGACGACAACAUCUGCAAGCCUGACCUGCGGCUGUCGGUCCAGAGCGACCGUUCCGAGAUGGCCAUCGGCGACGACAACGCGGUGACGCUGGAGAUCGUGGCCGAGAACCGCGGCGAGGGCGCCUACGAGGCCGAGCUCCACGUCUUCCCGCCGCAGCAGGCCGACUUCACCGGCGUGGUGCGCAGUCAGACGCUGAGCCGGCUGUCGUGCGCCUACAAGAAGGAGAACCGGACCAAGAUGGUGGUGUGCGAUCUGGGCAACCCCAUGAAGGGCGGGAGCAAGGUGCUGGCCGAGCUGCGCUUCGGCGUCCAUCAGCUGUCGGAGGACGACACGGACGUGCGCUUUGACCUGCAGAUGGUCAGCUCCAACCAGUUCAACAGCACCAGCGCCAGAGUGUCCAGCGUCACCAAGCUCAUCGUGGUGGCGCAAGUCUCCAUACGAGGCACGUCGUCUCCCGGCCAGCUGUUGCUUCCCAUCGCCAACUGGCAACCCAAAGUCCCUCCGCUCACCGGCGACGACGUCGGCCCGCAAAUUGUGCACGUCUACGAGCUGCUGAACAGCGGCCCCAGCACGCUGAGCCGGGCGGCGCUGGAGGUGGAGUGGCCGUACGCGUACAACAACGCCUCCCUGCUCUACAUCACCCACUUGGACACGGAAGGACCCGUCAACUGCUCCGCCGACGUGCGACUCAACCCGCGCAACGUCACCCUGGAGAGCCCCCCGGCGUCGGCGUCGGCCGCGCUGAAAAACGCCAGCGCCGGAGACGGACAGACGGAAGGACGCGAGCGCAAGCGCCUGCGCAAGCGGGAUCUGGAGGCGCGAGACGACGACCUCGUCAAGCUGGACUGCGGCGCGGCGGCCUGCGUGAAGCUUCGCUGUCAGGUGGGCCGCCUGGAGAGGAAGAAGAACGCCAUCGUCUUCAUUUACUCCCGACUGGACGUCAACAACUUCCUCAGAGCGGAGAACGAGAACCGCUCGUACGUGUUGGUGUCGUCCGCCUCCUUCAACGUCAUCCAGAUGCCCUACAAGAAGAUUCCGGCCACGCUGCCGUCCAACAGCACCACCGUUAGCGUGUCGGUGCUGUGGGUGGCGGACGCCCCCCAGCCGGUGCCGGGAUGGGUGGUGGCGCUGGCCGUGCUGGCCGGCUUGCUGCUGCUGGCGCUGCUCAUCUUCAUCAUGUACAAGCUGGGCUUCUUCAAGCGAGUGCGCCCCCCGCAGGAGGAUUGCCUGGAGAAGGAGCAGCUGCAGCCCGAGGAGAACGGAAACGCCGACACCUAGCCCGGCCUGGCCUAGCUUAGCGUAGCACCGAGGCACACGCGUGAGCACCGUCAGACUCUUUGCACUUUGUCGGCGGCCGCCGCCGAGGAUCCGCCAGGUUUCUCCGCAAAGCCCCGUGCUAAGCGUGCGGUCAUCAACGCGCUAGCCGCCGCUCUUCGCUCAUCACGUCGCUUUCGGACGAUAGGUCCUAACACUUUUUUGUUUUUUAACUCAGUGCGAGAUGCCAAAAUAUUGUUCUGUGUCAUGUCAACAAAUCAUCUUUUAAAUGUAUAUGCAAAAAAAAAGGCUAAUUAAUGGCGCUAUCGUUACACUCGCAACGGCCAGCGACCGACUUUUCAAAGGCAAAAAAAAAA